AUGUCGAAUAUGAUGCGUCGAGACCCCUACCACGAUGAUAUAAUCUAUUCGCUCAUAAUUUGGACGGAACUGGAGUGCCUUGCUGUAUCAUAUGCUUCAACAUCUAAGAAUAUUAUCAGUCGCACUACUUUUCUGAUGGUUUGGAUGCGUGGGUGGCUCAUUGGGGGGCAUUCAAAACACUACUCAAGUACCAGCGCCAACGACCAUAUCCCACGAAUGAAGCCAUGA